ACAAGAACAACAACGUUGGUUGUUCUUGUUGGACUGAAUGUCUUGUACAUACACUCGGAGAUAUCACAUCCUGCAGAUCACUCCUUGUUUACACAAUGAGGAUGUUAGUCGUAUUCUGCAUCCUCUACCUGAUGACUCCUACUGGCUACAGUCAGCUUCAGCGUCCCAACAGUGAAGAAAUAUAUCAUGGGCCACGUGCGAUUGAAAGGACUGAAAUACCUGGGCCACGUGGGCCACCAGGUUUACCUGGAUUUCCAGGACCACGGGGGAGGACAGGAAAUCCUGGAGCUGUUGUAUUCUGCGGACAAAGUGUCUCUGACAAGGAACUUGGAACCAUAAAGAACAGAUUUGCUAAGUUAGAGCUGGUUAUAAACUAUGACUUUGUCCGGAGAGUUGGUCAGAAAUAUUUUGUGUCGUACAAGAAGAGAGACUCUUUCUCCAGGGCUGUCCAGUUCUGCUCCCAACAAGGCUUAGAGCUGGCUUUGCCCCAGAACGAGGAGGAGAACAACAUACUGACUCAGUUCUUUGGGGAAGAUCUCACUACAGCUUGGAUCAACGUCAACAAUAAAAAAGCAGAUGGGAAUUUUGAAGUCGAUAUGAAAAACCAACCUCUGACCUUUACCAAAUGGGGAGAAGGGCAGCCAGACAAAUCCAUCCAGGACACAGGCUGCACCAUGCUGACAGAAAACGGUGUCUGGAGAGUGACAUAUGAUUGUUCUCUGAAUGCUUACAUCAUUUGUCAGAUAUAGAAAGGCAUCAUAUCCAAGUCUUAUAUUAAGUUUUUAAUUUACUUUAUAUAACAAAAUGUUUGUCUCUGGUUUUGAUUAAUUGAAGAAUUGUAUGCGUUAAUUGUUUGACUUCUAGGUGGGGCAAAUACAGAUGUAAAAAAAGACCUUUACAGACAUCAAAUAUGUAACAUUGAUGGUUGAUGUAUCUGUUUAAGUGAUGACUUUUUGUUAUUCAUGCCCAUCCAAGACGUUUCUAUAACUGGCAUCAUUUUUCAGCUAUAGUUAGUCAUUCCCCUUUUUCUGGUAUAACGGUCUUCAUUCUAGUUGUGGCUGAGAAAACUUUAGAAAUAAUGUAAACCAUAUAUGCAUUUUCUCAUUGUACUAAUAUUGAAUAAAAAAAAAA